GGGAGAGAAAGAGAAAGAGAGAGAGAAAGGAAAAUAAAAAAAGUGGGAAGGGCUUUGCUGAAAAGUGCCGACAGGCUGGACCUGUGUGGCAGAAGUGAUGGUCUCUCCAUAGCGUGAGUGUGGGACCAGACUCUUCUACAGAAGCUAGGAGGGGAGACUACAGCACGACACUCAGGACAGCUCUCAUCUUUCAAACCACUCGUGCUCAUCCAACACGCCCGACACUCGCAUCAGCUAUAACUUUCAUUUAUUUAUUUUUGAAAUACAUUUUUUUAUGAAUUGUUUUAGGUUGGUGGGUUUUUGGACACUGGCCACUGUGACAGUGGAGGGAAUUUACCAGUCGAGUUUGGAUCCUGCUGCCACUUGAGUGAGAUUGAAGAGCCUGAUACCUGAAUUAUCCAGACUGACAGAGAGAGAGAGAGAGAGAGAGAGCGGGUACCAAAACACUGUGGAUCAAAGCCUCCCAAAAUGAGAGUUCUGUCACGCUCUGAUCGCGUUCGCCCGGCCGGCGAGUGAUUUAACGGAGAGCGAAAGAGGGGAAGCGCGCAGGACUGUCCGACAGCACAAACCCAAUUAAGGGCUACCCCCUGCAGGCACGCCCACCCAGGCCUCCUCACCCACAUCACCAUGGCGAUCUCCCAGCCUGCUCUACUGCUCCUGUUCCUGGUCUCCGGGGCGACGCUGGCGGUCUCCAGAGCGGCGGAAAACGACGAGGACGCGUUCCCGGAGCGGGAGUUCCUAUACGCCGGGCGGGAGAGGCGGUCAGUCGACCCCCCCCAGGCCGACAAGUGCUCCUACACCUUCAUCGUGCCGCAGAGGAAGGUGACGGGCGCCAUAUGCGUCAACUCCAAGGAGCCGGACGCCAUUUUGGAGAACCGGGUCACCAAGCAGGAGCUGGAGCUGCUGAACGGGGAGCUGCUGAAGCAGAAGCGGCAGAUCGAGACGCUCCAGCAGCUGGUGGAGGUGGACGGAGGCGUGGUGAACGAGGUCAAGCUCCUGCGCAAGGAGAGCCGCAACAUGAACUCGCGCGUGACGCAGCUCUACAUGCAGCUGCUGCACGAGAUCAUCCGCAAGCGCGACAACGCGCUGGAGCUCUCGCAGCUGGAGAGCCGCAUCCUCAACCACACCACCGAGAUGCUGCAGCUCACCAACCGCUACAAGGACCUGGAGCACAAGUACCAGCACCUGGCCGCCCUGGCGGGGAACCAGACCACCGUCAUCGCCCAGCUGGAGGAGCACUGCCUGAGGAUGCCGGUGCGGCCCGCCCCGCAGCCGGCUCCGCCAAUCCUGGUCCCGGCCGUCCCGGCCGUCCCGAUCAGGCCCUUCCAGCCCACCUUCCCCCGCCACACGAACCAGAUGACCAACGAGAUCCAGAGCGACCAGAACCACAAGGCCCUGCCGCCGCCUCCACUUCCCACGAUGCCCACGGGCACGCACAGCCCCUCCACCACUGACAAGCCCUCCGGGCCCUUUAAGGACUGCCUGGAGGCGCUGGACGAGGGCCACGGCAACAGCGGGAUGUACCUGGUGAAGCCGGAGAACACCAACCGGCUGAUGCAGGUGUGGUGUGACCAGCGCCACGACCCGGGCGGCUGGACCGUCAUCCAGAGGAGGCAGGACGGCUCCGUCAACUUCUUCCGCAACUGGGAGACGUACAAGCAAGGGUUCGGCAACAUCGAUGGCGAGUACUGGCUGGGACUGGAGAACCUGUACUGGCUGACCAAUCAGGGGACGUACAAGCUGCUGGUGGUGAUGGAGGAUUGGUCGGGGCGGAAGGUAUUCGCCGAAUACGCCAGCUUCCGGGUGGAGCCGGAGGCGGAGUUUUACAAGCUGCGGGUGGGCCGUUACCACGGCAAUGCCGGCGACUCUCUCACCUGGCACAAUGGCAAGCAGUUCACCACGCUGGACCGGGACCACGACAUGUACACAGGUAACUGCGCUCACUACCAGAAGGGUGGCUGGUGGUAUAACUCCUGUGCCCACUCCAACCUCAACGGGGUGUGGUACCGCGGGGGACACUACCGCAGCCGGUACCAGGACGGCGUGUACUGGGCCGAGUUCAGGGGCGGGGCCUACUCCCUGAAGAAGGUCAUCAUGAUGAUCCGGCCGAACAGCAACACCUUCCACUGACCGCAGGGACGACGACGACAUGCAGCCAUACACACGGCACCACCAGCGCAGUGACGCUCACCGAUUCACUGUCUGACUCCUCCACCCUGCAGACUACCAGUCCAUGUACAAGUGAGCUUUGUUCUGCUCCAGUGGGAGGGUGUGUGUAUCUGUCUGUGUGGGCAUGUGCAUGUGAGUGUCUGUGUGUAUGCGUCUGUGUGUGCGCAUGUGUGUGUGCGCAUGUGUGUGUCUGUGUGCAUGCAUGUGUGGGAGGGUGGGUGUGUGUGUGUAUGGGAGGGUGUGUGUGUCUGUGUGCGUGCGUGUAUCGGAGGGUGUGUGUGUCUGUGUGCCUGCGUGUAUGCAUGUGUGUGCGUUCAUUUUUACUUUUUGUAUAGUUCUUCAUUGAUGCAGUAAAUACCCAGCUGAUUUAAUGGUGUAAAGUGGGAGAUGUUUGGGAUUGAUCCCGGCGUUCCGGGCCUUUCCGUCCUCCCUGGUGGAUUCCCAGCCGAUGCUCCGAGACGAGGACCCUCAGGAGGGGCCACGCUUUUUCUUGUAAGGGACAGAGAUGCUCUCCUUGGAGGAUUUGAACACCAUCGCCACAGAAGGGCACCAUGCGCUUUUGCUGCCGGAUCCUGCCCAGCAAGGCGGGAACAACGGCUGACUACCAAUCAGAACAAAGGCACCUGCUCACGGGGCCAAUGCGGUGCUUCAUCUCACUCCAGAAAAGAGAGGAUUACUGUGCUCUUAAAUCUGCAGAGCCAUACACUCCCUCAAGCUUUCACAACACCAGGGACACCAGAGAGAAAACUCUGCACACACGCAGUGCACAGUGAAAGAGACUCCUUUCGUACAGCUGUGAAGAAGAACUGGAGAAACCCUGUUCAGCGCGUGCGACACACUGAGUGUGUAACGCGCUGCGUGUUUAACGCCCUUCGAGGUUAACGCAGUCUGUGUUUAAUUGUCUUUGUGAUCAGAAACACUUGAAAAGGUGAGGGGAAAAAUUUGGGGAAUGUACAGUUUAAUAAUUUCCAAAAACAACACAGCACACUUUAGGCAGUUUCAGAUUUUGACCCAACAUACGCCUGAUAUGCAUGAAAACAAAUAUUUCUCUGGAAAUAAAUGUCUGGAAAGACAAAUGAUACAGGAAAUUGUACAUCCAGUGGUAUAGCUGUUUAUAAUCAUUUUGCAUGUAAGAGACAGAGAACAAUACCUUUUCAUAGAAAUCUAAAACAAAAAACUAAAGCAAUAAAAAAUGACUACAGAAAUGGCAAACCUGGGUCAAAUUAUUUUUUAAAGAAGUAUUAAUUCAGAGCAGUUUACAGCUCAUUAUAUGUCAGAAGUCACAGUGGUGGCUGGACUGAAAACCAUAGCGGGUACCAGGAACAAAUUCAGAAACCCUUACCCCCCCCUUCAGAUUCCUCCAUUUCGCACAUGAUCCAUUCAGCCCAGCACAUAAGGCCUGGGAUUUCAGAAGGUCUGGGUCAAAUAAUUUUUUUAUACACUAACUGUUUUAGACACCAGUGAAAUUACCUGAAGAUUACUGACAAUUUUAAAAGAAAAAAUUUCAUGAUUGUACAAGUGUUUCAUUGAGAAUUCUCAGGGACCUGCAGAAUUGUUGAAAUACAUUUGAAAUACAUCAGGUCACUAAUAUAAGCAACACUAUAAGACCUGUUUGUACGAACAGGUCUGCAUAUUCCGCUUUGCUACCGUGGUGCUCUUUGAUGUAUGAGCCCCAUCUGCGACCACAGGAGGAACACAGUCCCAGCUAGCAAGCGUAGAGUGGCCCGCUAGUGGCCCAAGAUGAACAACAGCCCUCAUCCAGCCAACGUUAUGCUAAUUGGCACAACAUCGGCCAACUAAUGGACACUCGAGGUGAAGCAGUCAAGAUGGAGGUCAGCUAUUAAAACAAAGCAAAAUAGUUGGCGAAUUGUCCUACUGCUAGCAGACGGGUGCAGUGCCAACGCUGAUGUGCUGAGACCUGCUACCACCAACAGUCAUAUACUGUACGUAGCUGCUUGCUUGCUGUGGGCUCAUCAAAUUUAAGGCCUGCAAUGUUCCGUAAAGUUCAUAUACUGAAGGACAAUAUACCAUGGUAAAUGAGCUCCACAGACUACCAAAUAAGCUUGGUUGGCUUCCCAAUGAUACAAAGGGUACAAGCAGCAAUAUACAAGUCAAGCAUCCUCUAUAUAUAUACAGUUUAAGGCCUUUUGUAUGGUGAAGAGGGGUAAGCAACUUGAACUGUAUGCUAUGAAGCCAAAAUUACACUGUCAUAAGUAUGACAGAAGACCUGGAAUACCAGCUGCCAUGGAUGGAUAUGACAAGUAUAAUGUCAUGCCUAUGGAAGUGUCAUGUAGGCUUUAUGCUGUACAGCCCAAGUAUGAAAUGUUGAAUAAUUCAACCUGACUGUUGUACAAUUGUAAUUAUCGUCAGAGAGAAUGUCCAAAGGUGUUUCAUUUAUCUCAUUUUUGUUUUUACCUGGUGACACAGUGCAGGUCACACAAAAGCUGAAACAUCGCUGUACUGUACAUAUCCGUAUCGCAACAGUAUUUUUGUAAUAUAACAAUAUCUCAUUGUACCGAGUUACCAGACUGUCUGCAAUAAAAUUGUGUACAGUGACCACAA